AAAACCUCCUACAUUUGAAAAACUGCAAAGAAAGGCAAAUAUGACAUCUGCUUUAAUGUUAUUUUAUACUGUGAUCGCCGUGUUUUUAUAUUCCGGCCAAUCAAUUAUGGAAUAUCCAAAAUGUCAAGAAAGGAACCUGAAAGAAAACUUACAUGAGAUGUGUUCCCUUAUACCAUUGUGGAACCCUUUCCAUGAAGUUACAAAUACAGUUUGGUGGAGUGUAUGCGCGUGCCAGUUGUUGUUCUGCUCGAUUAUCUUCAUGUCUACAGUAUCUGUCAUUUUUUUGAUUUAUAAUGUCACUCUAAUGUUAAUAUCACACGUUAACUAUUUCAAAGAAUUAAUCAUCAAUACUUUUCAACAAGACGAUCCCCGUGUAAAGACCGAGAAAAUUAAAUAUUGUAUUCAGUAUCAUAAACAUAUUAUAAAUUUAGGACAUGAAUUAAGUUACUUAGUGAACAUUACAGUCGGAGAUAUCACCCUUUCAUCAGGCAUUUGUAUUGGAUGUAUUGCAAAUCAAAGUAUGAAUGAACUAUCUGUUCGUGCUUUCAUGCAUUUAUUUGGCUUCUGCAUAGGUUUUUUUGCUUUAUGCCACGCAGGACAAGUCAUCAUUAACGAAUCGUCUUCUAUAAAAGAUGCUAUUUAUUCAACCUCUUGGUAUUUGUGUGAUUGGAGAACAAUGAAAGACGUCAGAUUUAUAUUGGCCCGAAGUCAAAUUCCUAUCGGCUUAGCAGCACCAUUUGGAUUCCUUGGUUAUCCACUGUAUAUGAUGAUAAUAAGAAGAUCGUAUUCAUAUGCUACCUUACUGAACCAAACUACUUAAAAGAUUGAUAGAUGCCGAUUGUCCAAAAUAAUAAUCCUGCACGUACCUAUUAUAUGGUAAAAUGUAAUUAAAAAAUCCAGC